CUUCAAGCUCACCCACUCAUCUGCUGCCGCUGCUGCUGAAAACAUCACUCUGUACCACCAACUCACACCACCAGUUAGGGCGUUACCUUCCAAAACUCCACCAUCCAAUGGCGUUACGCCUCUCCGUCUCCUCGCCUCAGAGGUCGGCCUCCUCGCCGGCCAUCUCCUCAUGCCGUCCCGCCGCCUGCGGCCGCUUCCUGGCAUGUGCGGCAGCUUCCCAGAAGCGGAGCCUGAUGGUGGUGUCUGGCUCUGACGCAAGGGGAGUAUCUCCGGUGAAGUCAGGCGGCUUGGAGACAACAGCGACGACGGGAGCCGACGAGGUGGAAACGGCCACUGCUGGAGCUGAUGUGGUGGCAGUGACCGGACAGGUCACGGAUGUGUGCAAGGACACCUUCUGGCCAAUUGUCAAAGCAGCAGGGCCGAAGCUCGUCGUCCUGGACAUGUACACCCAAUGGUGCGGCCCUUGCAAAAUCAUGGCACCGAAGUUCCAGGAGAUGUCCGAGAACGACCAUGACGUCGUCUUCCUAAAGCUCGAUUGCAAUCAAGACAACAGGCCUCUUGCAAAGGAGCUUGGCAUAAGGGUUGUACCAACAUUCAAGAUUUUCAAGGAUGGGAAGGUGGCCAAGGAGGUCACCGGUGCGAAGAUUGAUGAGUUAAAACGUGCGAUUGAGGAAGUGAAGUCAAGCUGAGGAAUACCCUGGAAAAAAUGCAGCAAUUAGCAUGCUAUCAUUAGUGUACAAUAUGGAAUGAACACCCUUUGUGGAAGUGGAUAACCACCACGGAGAAAAACAGUUAUUAUAGUUCUUCUGCAGUUCUGCUUAAGAUGAUUUUUACCUAUCAUUCUGGACAAUAUACACUCAUCUGUGUGGAGUGCAUGAUGUAAAUAAUCAUUUCAAUCUUCAUGAGAAAAUUGUUGCUUUCUGAUCUCA